AAUUAAUAUACCUGUCUUAGCCCUAUUAUACUAGUGUUUGCAUAUUAACCUUUAUACUUAUACUACUUUGUGAUUUCCUUCUCAAGUAUAACAGAGGAAGAUUAUUUAAAUUAGUAAUGUUUAGAACAGUUAUAGCGCUUGUGUAAUAAUCACACUUUCUUUUUCUCUCUCUUUUCUAUGCGUGUCUAUCUUUAUAUCCAAGUCACACUCUCUAUCCCUAUGUAAUGUGUCUCUUGAUGGAAAAUUUUCUGUUUUCUUUCAUAUAAUUGGGAGCUUUAUAUUGAUAUACUGAUAACAUUUAUACUGAUAUUGAUGACGUUUAUAUUAAAAACGCUGACUUUCUAUUUCGAAAUACGCGGACUAAGGGCUCAGUUGAAAUUAGUGUGAUAAAACUUUCCUCACUUGUUAUUGCUUAAAAAGACAACUGUCGCAUAAGCCAAGUAUCAAUAUUUAGUUGUUUUAUUUCUGUUUCUUUCUGUUUUGUUUUGCUUCUUUUUUUUUAUCUUAAACUUUUCCAUCAAAGAGACGAGACAACGAAAGAAUGAAUGUACAUGAAUGAUUCCUUCUCACGUAGGCGCUCACGAAACGGGCUUAUAAAGGUAGAUUAUCUGGGACGCAUUUGAAGUUGGAUCCAGAAAAGUCUGACAAGUUUGCUGCUCCAGAAUGCAUGUCCACAAAAGAUUGGCAUUUUGCUGGCUGUAUCUUCAAGUGAUCUUUGCCUCUGUGCUUUCUGAUGUAUGGAAGGCAGAGGUUGUUUCUGAAAUUGAGGCACUGGUCACUUCUUGUGUUGUGAUACCCUGCAAAUUCCAAUACCCUGGCACCCAACUUCCGGACUCACGAGUGAGAGGAAUCUGGCACAAACAGAAAAAUCAGAGAGAAAUCAUCUAUCACGAAGAUUCAACAAAUGUUGUAGAGAAUUUCAAGGGGCGCACAAAACUGCUUGGCAGUUUGGGUCAGAAAAACUGUACCUUGGAGAUAGAUGACAUUAGAAAUCAUGACAACGGCCCUUUCUGUUUCAGGGCUGAAAUCCCAACUAUAGACAAAUAUUCUUUUGAAGAAAAAUGUGUCAGCCUCUCAAUGUUGUCAAAUCCCAGAGAACCAGUGCUGGAACAAAAGAAAAUGUACUUUGUGGAGGGACAACAUGCCCUCUUCAAAUGUUCUGUGAGGCACACUUGCCCCUCCCACCCCCCCAAACUCACUUGGAGCCGUUCAGAAGGUGAGGUCCAUUAUAGCCACAAUAAAAUUCAUGAAGGCACUUGGCAGGUGGAGGCUCUUCUGUCCUUCACAACAAAAGAGCAGGACCAUAACACAGAAAUCAGAUGCAAAGCUGUUUUUCAUGGAAACAAGGAGACUGAAUCUAAAUUCGAGAUGUUUGUUAAAGAAAAACCAAAUAUCCUUCACUUCAUUAUUCCAGUCAUAUCUGUGGUUGGAGCUAUCAUUUUUUUUGUAGUGAUGGGUUUCUUUGUGAUCAAGAAGUACAAGAGACAGAUUCAAGAGCUCCAAUCUAGAAAUGAGAAUGGAUUAUGGAGUCGCAUCUCUAGAGUGUCCAGAAGAUUCAGAAACCACAGGAGGCCGGAGACUGGCAUGGAUGUUGUCAAUAAAUCAAACAACUGUAUGGACACUAUGUCUGGAAUGACUGGAUUCUCAAAACCUCACUUUCCAUCUCCAAAGAGUGAGCAAAAAAAUUACAACAGAUCAGAGGUCACAUGUUCAGCAAACUAUGAUGAUGAUUACACCAACACAGCUGAUCUCAACGUAUAUGGCAACCUGUAAUGGCGUAGAGACAACCAUUCCAUCAAUGUUGUAUGUUGCUUCUGUCUUAUUUUGUGUUAGUUUACUGGUGUCAUGUCACAUUUCAUUCAUAGUAUAAUCAUGUUCAAAAGGCUGAAAUAUGAAAGUAAUAUCUCCCCACACAAAUUUUUUUUAUAAAGAAACAACAAAUGUAAAUGAAAGCAAUGUAAAUGAUCAUGAAAAUGCAAGCAAAUGUGUGGUAUUCAUUAGUAGCAGUAUUAGUAAAGAAUAUUUUAAAAAUGGGCUUAUCAUGUUAAUAGGGUGUCAGUGUAUCUAUUACAUAACAUUGAAUAUUUUUUUCUGCGCAUUUUUUUCCAGUUCAAUAUCCCACACUCACCCACACACAUAUACUCUCUCUC